AUGGCGGCCAUCCGAAGCGGUCUGCUCGAAGUCCUUGCUCAUGGAGAAUGGCAUCGAGUUCAUGCUAUGCUCGAUCCAACGGCCAUCACUUUACAGGUAAUCGACACCGACCAAAACCAGGAAUUGGACGCCGAAAAAAGGACCGUACGCGUUGUAAAGUAUGACGGAAAUGGCCUGGGAAUCAGUAUCAAAGGUGGACGAGACAACAACAUGCCCAUUAUUAUCAGCAAAAUCUUCAAAGGAAUGGCAGCAGAUGCCACGGGAGAGCUGUUCGUUGGAGAUACAAUCCUCGCUGUGAACGGGGAAUCACUCAUAGAUGCCACACACGAUGACGCUGUACGAGCUCUGAAGAGGGCUGGCCGAGUGGUCGACUUAUAUGUACAAUACAAAAGGGAUGAAGUAGUCCGACGGGAGAACGUCGUUGAGAAGAUCGAGUGGGAUGACGAAACACGUGACAGAAUCCGAGCCAUCGGAUUAAAACUUGCGUGCGUUGCUCGUGCUGGAGUUGAUGCCGACGCCGAGGGCAGGAUAUUUGAGAUGCGAAGUCCGUCUGGCCGUUACGCUUUGGCUUUUCGUUGUACCACUUCAGUGGAAGCCGAUUCAUGGUUCGAGGCAAUUCAUGGUUGCGCCAAUGCACUACUAACACAAGCACUAGCUCAGGUGAAUCUCAUGCUUGGAGGACACCCACAAGUACGGCGAAUGGGCUGGGUAUCGGAACAGGUCAACGAAGAUGGUAUCCUAAUGUGGAAGCCGAAAUUCCUGACCCUAACUCAAAGCGAGCUAUUAUUCUACGAAGCGGUGCCACAGAUGAAGACCGAAUGGGCAGAGCCACGCAUUACACGACCUUUGGUUGCCACAAGGGUUGUACAGACGACUUCACGGACAGCUCCAGUCAUGAAGGGUCUAUCUGAUGUCAUAUCUCUUCGAAUACGAACGGGAACUCAGAAUGGAGUGCGAACGCAUACAUUACGCGUAGAAACUCAUGCUGAUCUUGCUCAAUGGGUCCGAGCGAUCGUACUAGGAACCUACGAAGCCUGUUCAGAGACAUCUCAGGUAUCGUCACCUUGCAUUUGUCAAGGAGAAAACUGCGAAUUAGUGGUCAAUCUAGAUGCAGGAAUUUCUCUCACAGGACCAAAUCGAGAGUUAAUAUGGCAACACCCGUUCGAAUCUAUUCGAGCAACAGGUGACGACGGUGGUAGAUUCCUUUGGAUCGACUUCGGCCCUCCAAGCGGCGAACAGGUACGAAUUACCCCACCCUGGAAAAAUGAGAGGUGCUGA